AUGGUUAACUCUAUCAAAAGCGAUUCUUCUCAUGAUAUUUGUCAGGUGCCCAUACCCACACGCUCAACAACCAUGUAUCAGCAUAACAGGGUAGCCUCUAACUCUAAUCAACUAGAUCAACAGCCGCAACCAUUCGCACGUAAGUUGCAAGUUGUAGUUGUCAUAGACCAGAAAGUUCAAAAAAGCUUACAUGCCCGUGAGUUGGCUUUGAAAGAUGUCCAAAAAGUAGCUGAUUCUUUAAAUAUUAACUUGACCAGAAUAAACUUUGAUCGACUAGAUUUUGGAGAAACGCAAACUUUAGACACUUUUUAUAAUGCUGAUGUGGCUUUGGUCGAUGUAACAGUUACUCAUCAGCAACCUAGUUUAUGUUAUCACAUAGGAGUUAGAGAAAGCAUGGGUCAAUUCUAUAAUAUCAUUCUAGCUUAUUUCUCAUCUGAUAACGAAUAUCACAUUAUCGAUGCUUUAAGGAAAACUCAUGCUCAUUUACCUACGAUUGUAUAUAUGUCAACAGCAGAGCACGCACAUCUUCAAUCCUUUGACAGGACGAAAAAAGAUGCAGAUGAGCCAUUCUCUUUCAAAUCUGGAAAAACAAUAAAUUUUCGAUCUCGUAUGAAGCAAGCGCUUAAGAAUGUUCAAAUCGAAGCAAGUGCUCAUUCGAGAGAGAAAUUUCUUUCGGAUUUACGAAAAGCUCGCGAAAUAACUGAUCCAGCUGCAACCAAUGAUUUUCUGGAUAAGAUGAGAGCUCGUCUUGAUAAUCCGGACGUUCUCUCAGUGGAUACAGUAUACCAGCUUAUGCUUUCGUAUCGUGAUAAUCAAAAUUAUGGAGGAAUGAUCUCUCUUAUUGAUGAUCUUAGUAAGAUACAAGAUUGUACUUUAAUUGAAGCUCAAGCAAUCAGAUAUCAAUAUGCUUUCGCAUUGAAUAGGAGAAAUAUCACUGGUGAUCGGGAUAAGGCAUUGGAAACUGUCAUGGGCAUUAUCAACACAAAUACCGACAAGGAAGCUCUCAGUCCGGAUGUUAUUUGUCUAGCAGGUCGUAUUUAUAAAGACAAAUUCAUAGCUAGUAAUUAUGAGGAUAGGGAGUCUUUGAACAAUGCGAUUCAAUGGUAUCGAAAAGCUUUCGAACUAUCACCUCUUGAGUAUAGUGGAAUUAAUUUGACAACUCUAUUAAGAGCUCGAGGAGAACACUUUGAGAGUAAUGCGGAAAUGCAGCAAAUAGCCGUUGUCCUCAAUUCCCUUCUUGGUCGUAAAGGAGCUUUACAUCAGUUGACCGAAUAUUGGGAUGUAGCCACGUAUUUCGAAGUUUCUGUUCUAGCCGAGAAUUAUCAAAAAGCAUGUGAAGCUGCUCUCAAAAUGGCCAUGCUCAAACCUCCUGUCUGGUUUUUGAAAUCGACAAUGGAAAAUAUCAAAUUGAUUAACCGUUGUGCUGCAACCAUAAGUCCUGUUGAGAAAGAGAAACAACAGUUUCUUUUCUGGACAGAGUUCUUCAUGGAAGCAACAGAAGCUGAUCAUGAUGUUGAUUGUGCAAGAUAUCCAGUGCUCAUCGUUGAAUUUGAUAAACAAUUCACUCCAUCAUACUUGACAAUGAACCAAACCGAAGGAUCAAUCAUUCUCAGUCACGUACUCGAAAAUAGUCAGCAAAAAAAACCUCCUCCAGGAAUUCACCGAUGGCAUUUCACAGCCGGGAACAUCAAGGCUGUUUCAGCUUCGAAACGCGAUGAUCGCUCCAUUUACUUGUAUGUGCAUGAGAAUUCGGAUGACUUCAACCUGAUUUUCCCGUCUGCUGCUCAUAGUCUAAAAAUGUACAACUCCCUCGUGGACAUGACUACGGACGCUGAUGGAAACCAUGGUCGGGUUAUUUCCAAUUUGGAUGGAGAAAAAAUAAAUUUCGAAUAUGAAGUUAAUAACAAUGGCGAUCGUGUUGUUCUGGGAAGAGGAACUUAUGGAACUGUGUAUGCUGCACGUGAUGUUUGUACUCAACGACAAAUUGUAGUUAAAGAAAUUGAAGUCAAAUAUGAUGAGGAGGUACAACCAUUGAUGGAGGAAAUCAAUCUUCAUUCCACCUUAAGUCACCAAAACAUUGUACAAUACUUAGGUUGUGACAUCUCACACAGAGAUACUGGAAAUGACAUCUUCCUGAUUUUUAUGGAACACGUUCCUGGAGGCUCUCUCAGUAGUUUGUUACGAAAGAAGUGGGGUCCCUUGAAUGAACCUGCUAUGGUAUUAUAUGGAAAACAAAUCUUGGAAGGUUUGAGAUAUUUGCACGAGCAGAAAAUUGUACACAGAGACAUCAAGGGUGACAAUGUACUUGUUAAUACCUACAGUGGUGUUUGCAAAAUCAGUGAUUUCGGAACUUGUAAGAGAUUGGCUGGCCUCAAUCCUGUCACAGAAACAUUUACAGGAACCUUACAAUACAUGGCGCCAGAAGUGAUUGAUCACGGUCAACGUGGUUAUGGAGCUCCAGCUGAUAUCUGGAGUUUCGGAUGUACUAUGGUGGAAAUGGCGACUGGGCGACCUCCUUUUGUUGAGUUGCAAAAUCCACAAGCUGCAAUGUUCCGGGUAGGAAUGCUGAAGACUCAUCCUCCUUUGCCAAAUGGAAUUUCUGAGAAAUGCCACAACUUCAUUAAAAGCUGCUUCGAGCCGGAUGCUACUGUUCGACCCAACGCUCUUAAAUUGCUCUCUGACCCAUUCAUUCAACAAUACCACCACUCGAUCUCCAGAACAAGAAGUGGUUCCAUCAACAAGAAGCAUGUCGAUUCUCCCAAACAAUCACGUGAAAUGCUACGAUCCACUUCGCAUAUUGGUGGCAUGGGUGUGAGCGAACGUAACUCCAUCGAUGCUUCUACACCCGCAAGCUCGGGCAAGGAAGAAAGGAAGCUUAAACUUAAUAUUGACCAGAGUCGGAUAAGGACAUACUCCUGUAGCCCUGUUCCAGAUGCUCCAGCUAGCGCUGGAGCCAGUGUUAGUAAUCAUCCAGGAUUUCAUCUGAGUCAGCCAUCAAGUCCUAUCAUUGACGAUAACACACACCCUCAACUAGUAGCUUCUCCUUCGACUAACCCCAUGAUAGCUCCAGCUCUAUUAAAUAGGACAAUAAGUGAUGAAAACUCUAAUUCUAACAGAUUCUUCAUGCUGAAAAAAGAUUCGGAAAGAAGACAUACUCUAGCUUCAUUUAUGGUUGAAUAUCAAGACCAGAUCAUUGAAACAUGGCGAUCUAAGCUUCUUCACUCCCUUGGCAAUGACGAUAUAGUGGUGACGGAUAGUAUUUUUAACACCCUGCUCACGGGUGUAAGAGAUUAUAUUCUCAAAAAGAAUAACCAGUGUAUCCACGAUGCGUUGAGAGAUAUCAGAUCAUCUUUAGACUAUGAUUCCUCCAAAAUGUCACAGAUUAACUUAGCUUUUUAUGAUUUCUAUGAUUCCAUCCAACCAAUUUUGCGCCGUUUGGAUAUUAAGCCUCAUUGGAUCUUCGCUCUGUCCAAUCUAAUAAACGGUGCAGUCCAAACAGCGUUAUCUAUUUUGAGCCCGGAUCUAUCUGUCCUGCUACAUGCGGAAGAUAUACCUGGAUCUGAAACAGGAACUGCUCAAAAUACUAUCGAUCAUCGAGCGUCUAUUUCGAAAGAGUCUGCUGCUUCUGAUAUUGAAAACAGUGAUAGUCGACCUGCAUCACCUGUUCGGGUGGAAAUCAAAGAACGUUCAGAAGACUUCCGCUUGUUAAGAGACAUUCAAGAGGAAAAUGAUACGUUGCUAGAACGUAUUCUUAAUGCUGAAAAAGAUCUCAAUCAACAUCUUCGAAAUGGAAUAAAUCGAACGCAGUUUUUGCAAAACUUAAGCAGUUGGCGCCAUACCUAUCCACCCAUGGGACAAGGAAUGAUUGUCAAGAGUGAUCUUCGGAAUUCUAUAACAUCAGAACUGACAACGACUCAGAACGAAGUGUUCCAAUGGCUCAAGUGUUUGGAUGUGGAUGAUCGUUCAAUUCAAUUAAUUCUAGGCGAACAAUACACUAAACGUGAUUUAUUAGACUAUGUUACACGAGAAGAACUUCUUAGUUUGGGUGUAAGUGGUGGAUCUGCUUGCCGAAUUUGGAGAGUUAUAUGUGAGACGCGUGAUCGUGCCCGACGACAGCCGGUGUUCUUAUCACCAAUGAGAAGCCGAGAUGAUUCGUUGGAUGAGUAUCAUUCGAGUAUAGCAGAUGAAAUAUGA